UUUCUGUAUUUUAGGCAGCGUAUUAGCUGUUACAUCGUCACACAUUCAUGCACAGAAGAAAGUAAGCCGCUUUGUGGGUAUUUGCAUUCAGAGGCUGGGAUGUGGUCUCAGAUCUCGAUUCGUGCUGAGAAAUAUCAUCGACAAUCUAGGUUGCGAGAUAGAGUUCUUCAUGUACGACCCUACCAUACAAAAGAUAGACGUUUUGAAGUUGGAGAAACGUCUUGAUAAGGACCUGCAGUACUUGAGGGAUGCUCUCCCUGAAUAUAGUACGUUUCCCCUGGAUAUGGAGCCUGUACCACUGCCUGAAGGAUCUCCGGUGCCUGUUAAUGAUAUCAAGGUCAAAAUGAAAGGUAAACCCUGGACGCAAAAAUGGGAAAAGAAAGGAUUGCUAGGCGUGGAGAAAUUGGAAAUAUCCGAGAAGAAUCUGAUCAGAUUGGCCAGGGCUGCCAAACCUGGGAGAAGCAUGACUUGAUGCUCGAAUACAG